UAGCGAUUAACGGGUCGCUCAACUCAACCAGUCAAGGAGGCAAUGGAGAAGGGUUUAGGCAAGCAGGGAGACGAGGCAUGGAGGGUCCUCGAGUUCUACAGCGGUAUUGGUGGCAUGAGGUACUCGCUGAUGAAGGCUGGAGUGAAUGCCAAAGUCGUGGAAGCAUUCGACAUCAACGACACAGCUAACGAUGUUUACCAGCACAAUUUCGGCCACCGUCCCUAUCAGGGUAAUAUCCAGAGCCUUACUGCUGCCGAUGUCGACAGGUAUGGAGCGGAUGCAUGGCUUCUUUCUCCUCCUUGUCAACCUUACACUCGACAAGGUCUCCAAAAGCAAUCUGGUGAUGCUCGGGCUUUUUCAUUUCUCAACAUUCUUGAGUUGAUACCACACACUUCGCAACCUCCAAUAAUGUUAUUUGUGGAAAAUGUUGUUGGAUUUGAGACAUCUGAUACGCAUACGAAAAUGAUAGAGAUAUUGCGAAGAACUAAUUUUAUUACGCAGGAGUUCAUAUUAAGUCCGUUACAGUUUGGUGUGCCAUAUUCCAGGCCACGCUAUUUUUGCCUGGCAAAGAGGAAACCUUCAACCUUUCAGAGUCAACUUUUCAAUAAUCAGCUUCUUCAGUCCCCAGGGCCAUUAUUUAGGCAUACAAAUGCUGAGGAGACAGUGUUCUGUGAACUUGAUGAACCACAAGAGAGCUGGGAUAGGAUGCUUGAAUCUUGUGAGCCUAUAGAAAGCUUCCUUGAAUUCAAGAAUUGCAGUGACCAAUCAGAGUCCAAUUUUGUGGACACCACUACUGUUUCUACAGAUAGUGAUGAAGUUUUGGAUGAAGGGAAUGAAUAUUGUAGCGGUGCCCUAUAUCAGUACUCUGUUCCAUUGAGCUUGAUAGAGAGGUGGGGAAGUGCCAUGGAUAUUGUCUAUCCUGAUUCAAAGCGAUGCUGUUGUUUUACAAAAAGUUAUUAUCGAUAUGUGAAGGGUACAGGCUCCCUUUUAGCAACUCUGCAGCCAAAUAACGAGGAUAAAGCAUCUUCACUGAAGGAGCAGUGCCUUAGAUACUUUACUCCUAGGGAGGUUGCUAAUUUGCAUUCUCUCCCAGAAGAUUUUCAGUUUCCACAGCAAAUAAGCCUUCGGCAACGUUAUGCAUUGCUGGGGAACAGUUUGAGCAUAGCAGUGGUUGCUCCUUUACUGCAAUAUUUAUUUUCUGAAUCAUCAUGAUUUUUCAAAGACACUCCAAUGUAACAGAUGCAGAUCUCACCUACUGCGUUACGUUCAGAUCACUAUUUAGAUCAACCAAGAAGCUUAUACUUCGGUCACCAGAAUUUGAUAUCUCUGCUGCUUAUAACAUGUAACCUGAUAUGCUUUCAUUUUAAAAAUGUAACCAAGGGGAGAUUAUAA